UUGAAAGCUGCACCUCAAAAAUCCUCUCCUAACGUGUUCUUCACCUCAAUUUACAGAAUAGGAACUUUAGAUCAAAACCCAGGUUCAAGUUUUAAUUAAAGUUUAGGCUUUGAAUGUUGAAACCAAUAAUUAUUUUGGUUCAAACGAAUAUUCUGUAGAAUAUGGUGCAAACCAUGGUUAAGGCAAGAGGAAGAUAUUAAAAAGUGUUGCUAUUGUCUUUGUUGGUGUAGUCAUCUGAUUUUGUUUGAUUUAUUGGUAGUGUCAUCUUAGCAAGUUUAGCUAGGAUAGGCCUUCUUUUCAAACAUGCUUCAUUUCUUCAUCUUUUCCUUUCAAUCUUCAUUUUCCAGUGGUUUCUUUUGAUCCAUGUUAGCUUAUAUCAGUGAGAUUCACAAGAAUUGGCUUCAUAUAUCUUUAGUUACCCUCCUUCCUCUUCUGUUUCUGUGUAGUUGUUUGGUUCAAUUUUAUGGCCCCCACAUGUUUGCUUUAAUCUCCCAGAACCACUUCAGCUAGAGGGUCUUGCAAAAGGGCUUUUACACACAUAUAACCUUAAAUUCUGUUUUGCUUUUUUCCAUCUCCCUGCCUUGUACCUAAGAUUUUCUCAAAUAUUUUGCACUUGAAAACAACCAUUUUAGGCUCUGUAAGUGGUGAAACCAAAUAUUACUCCAUGGGAACAAAUAAGCAGGAGCAUGAAAUUUCAGACCCAGGAUCUGAGGUAACAAAUCAGGAGAAGGUAGAAAAUGAGGUCAAGGACACUCCAAAACUUGCAACACACAAAAUAAUCACAGAGAGCAACAAGUCAAACAGCAUGGUCAUUAAGAAACGACACACGUUGAUUCCUCCUCACAUCAUAGCUGAAGCGAUAUCGUCGAUCCGUGACAUUGAUAUUAGAUGGUCAGGUCCAAUCACACCAAAAGAAAUGGAAUAUGUUGAACAAUAUGUGUUAGCAAAGUACCCAGAAUAUGAAGGGCUAAUUGAAGGAGAUGGAAAUGGGGUAGACAUGUCUAUGUUUAUGAUCAAUGAGGAGCCUUCAGAAUAUGACAGGGGAAAAUCACCAUGUGGGACUCCAAGUCCUAGAGAGUCUUCAGCAUAUUUGUUUGGCACUAAUCUCCCUGAAACGGACAGGACCAAGAUCCAGUUAGAGCCAUCAAGGUUACUAGACAUUCUCAACAAGAAAUCCUCAUUCCCUGGAAGCUUCAUAUCGAUCCCGGAAAUCCAAGUUCGUAAUAAGGUUUUGAAGCAUUAUGGGUUGCCUGAUGAGGAGUACCUGGUUCUCUUCACUCCAAGCUACAAGGAUGCUAUGAUGUUGGUGGGAGAAAGUUACCCUUUUUUGAAGGGAAACUUCUACAUGACCAUUCUGGAUCAAGAGGAAGAUUAUAUCAAAGAAUUCGCAUCUUUUAAGGAGUCAAAGGUGAUCUUAGCUCCCAAAACUUGGCUUGAUUUGAGGAUCAGAGGGUCACAGCUGAGUCAAAACUUUAGGAGGAGGUGCAAGAUCAGCUCAAAAGGCUUGUUCUCUUAUCCAUCAGAUGCUAGUGGAACUAUGCAUUGGAUCUCUGAGGCUCAUAGGAACAGUUGGCAUGUUCUACUUGAUGCUUCUGCCUUUGUAGUGGGAAAGGAUCGGCUUCAUCUUGCGCUUCACCGCCCCGACUUUGUGGUUUGUAGCCUUGACAACACUCACUCCAAUCCUUCAAGAAUCACUUGCCUCUUGGUGAGAAAGAAAUCCUUUGACACCUCAGGUGCUUCAUCUCAGGUAGUGGAGUGAAUGAAAAGAGUGCUUGUUUAUUAUUUUAGAUGAGAUUUGGUUUGAAGUGCUGAGCAAAUAGCAAAUUUGGUAUCAUGGACUAUGAAAAUCCCCAUGAAUUUUCCUGGUGUACUUUGUAGAUUGAAUAAAUUAUAUUUGACACAUACAUAUAGAGGACCACUUGUUACUGGUUUGGAUGCA